AUGGCGCGGCAAGUACUGUUGUUCAUUUCGAUCCUCUCUAUCAGUUCAGUGCACACACAGGUCACUUACUCCAUUCCUGAAGAAAUGUCCAUAGGCUCUUUUGUUGGUAACAUAGCGCAAGACCUGGGCUUAGAUUUCAAGAGACUCAAAUCGGGAAAAGCACGUAUUUAUACUGGUGACACUGAUGAAUAUGUCGAGCUAAAUAAAGAAAGGGGAGUUCUCCUCGUCAAAGAGAGAAUAGAUCGAGAGGCACUAUGCGGAAAGACGAUGCCAUGCGCUUUGCAUUUACAAAUUAUUUUAGACAACCCAAUGGAACUUAACGUGAGUGUGAAAAUAAUGAUUCAGGACCAGAACGACAAUGCACCUCAGAUUCUGUACCCAGUACAAGCUGGUGGUUCUAUAAUGGCUGAAAUGGUGCCUCGAUCGGGAGAUGUGGGCUAUCUUGUCACUAAAGUGGUGGCUGUUGAUGUGGACUCUGGACAGAACGCCUGGCUCUCAUAUAAACUGCUGAAAACAACAGACAGGGCACUGUUUGAAGUGGGUCUGCAGAAUGGAGAAAUAAGAACUAUUCGCCAAGUCACUGAUAAAGAUGCUGUGAAACAAAGGCUCACUGUUGUAGUGGAGGACAACGGCCAGCCCUCUCGUUCAGCUACAGUCAAUGUUAAUGUGGUUGUGGCGGAUAACUUCCCUGAGGUGCUCACUGAGUUCACUGACUUUACGCAUGACAAGGAUUACAAUGACAACCUGACUUUUUACCUGGUCUUGGCCUUGGCUGUAGUUUCUUUUCUUUUUAUUGUGUCCAUUAUAGCCAUAUUGUCCGUGAAAUGUUAUAGAUGGAGACGAGAACGCAUGUUUUACAAAUCCAACACCAAUCUCCCAGUUAUACCCUACUAUCCACCCCUUUAUGCAGACGUAGGAGGCACAGGAACUCUACGGCAUGUGUACAGUUCUGAUGUUUAUAAAACGACUGACUCCAGGAAAAGUGAUCUGACAUACGUCAGACCUUGCACUCAGAGCAUUAUCGGUCUGAACACCAGUGGAAGCCAGACACUCCCUCAUGCGCAGUGGGAGAAACAAAUUAAUGACGAUUCAGGUGAUCAGGUGAGUUUCGCCUUCUGA